CUUCACUCUCCGCUGAGCAGCCUCUGAAGGUUACCGGGUGCGUAAGCGCGCGCUCUGACAGCUCCGGCUCGGGACGUGGCUACUUGCGCAUGUUGCGCAGAACUGCGCGUCGCACCGGACCGGUGAUGAGCGCCUCAGCGGUCAGCGCUGUGAAGCCACGGCUGCCACGGGAAGAGCGCAGCUCCGCUCGGGUCCUCUGUGGAUCCGUAUGAUGUGCUUUUUUGGAGGGAGUCGCUUUCCGCCCGCGUGCAGGCUCGCCGCCCGAGGAUCGGUACAGAGAGGAGAGCGCGCCAGCUGGUCCUCAUGGACACACGCGACGAGGGGACAGCGCUGGUUGUAAAAGACGAACAGCUUCUCCUCCUUUGAUGAAACUUGAUCCGUAAAGGGCCUCUUCUCGGCCUUGGUUCCUCUUAGCUGAUGGAAGCCUUCAGAGAGAAUGCCUACAAUGAGAGCUUCUUGGAAAAUGGCUUCCACAUUUCCAACGUUACAGACGGUGACAGGAGGCACCAGUACAAUUACUACGCCAUGCUCCUCACUCUACUCAUCUUCGUCAUCGUCUUCGGCAAUGUGCUUGUGUGCAUGGCUGUGUCCAGAGAGAAAGCCCUGCAGACCACCACCAACUACCUGAUCGUCAGCUUGGCUGUGGCUGACCUGCUGGUGGCCACGCUGGUGAUGCCAUGGGUGGUAUAUCUUGAGGUGGUGGGAGAAUGGAGAUUUAGCACAAUUCACUGUGACAUCUUUGUCACCCUUGAUGUGAUGAUGUGCACAGCAAGCAUCCUUAAUCUUUGUGCCAUUAGUAUUGAUAGGUAUACAGCAGUUGCCAUGCCAAUGCUGUAUAAUACACGCUACAGCUCCAAGAGGAGAGUCACGGUCAUGAUCUCGGUGGUGUGGAUUCUGUCUUUUGCCAUAUCAUGCCCCCUGCUGUUUGGACUCAACAACACAGAGAGCCGUGAUGACGCCCUGUGUGUAAUUGCCAACCCUGCUUUUGUAGUGUACUCCUCUGUCGUGUCCUUCUAUGUGCCCUUCAUCAUCACACUGCUCGUGUACGUGCAGAUCUACGUAGUGCUGCGCAAACGGCGGAAACGCGUUAGCACGAAACGCACAUAUCCAAGCACCACAGUGGACACGGGCACAACUUUGAAGAAAUGCACUCACCCUGAUGAUGUCAAGCUGUGCACUGUCAUCGUCAAGUCCAAUGGGAAUUUCCCUGUUAAUAACAAAAAUGUGAUUUUCAUAAAGGAGGUGGUCAACAAUGGAGAAGAUGUCCAAAUGGAUGAAGUUACAAACCCAGAGCCUGCAAACCAAAGAAUGCUUGAGCAGACUGGUGCCAGCCAACAUGGCCUGUUGCUGGGCUCCAACCACAGCGAGACAGACAUGCUGCCUGCAGUUCCUGAGGCCUCGAUCAAACCUACCAGAAACGGAAACACCAACGAGGCUCCCAAAGUGACAAAAGCGUUCGAGACACAGGUCUCUCCCAGCGGCAAAAUGCAGACAUCUGUUAAGUCCUUCAACAAACGUAAAAUCUCUCAGCAGAAAGAGAAGAAAGCUACUCAGAUGUUGGCUAUUGUCCUUGGUGUUUUCAUCAUAUGCUGGCUGCCGUUCUUCAUUACGCACAUAGUGAACACUUACUGCCACGUCCCAGCAGAACUCUACACAGCUUUCACCUGGCUGGGUUACGUCAACAGCGCUGUGAAUCCCAUCAUAUACACCACCUUCAACAUAGAGUUCCGCAAGGCUUUCAUUAAGAUCCUGCAUUGCUGAGAGUACAUAAGCCUUUACUCUGAGGACCCUGAGGUGUAAAAAUGUUGGGCCUAAAGCUCUGGAACAUUUUUGAAAGAGAAUUAUAUGAUGAAUGUACAUAAAGCAAUGUAUGUAUUAUAAAAUUAAGUCAUUUCUAAAGUCAUAUCUGGCAAAAAAAAUGAGACGCACAGCACAUCACAACAGAGUAAUGAACUCGUGGCAUGUUUCACUUUUCUAAGCAGUAUCUAUAAGUUUUAAUUCCACAAAAGUUGUGACAGUAUGUGCUAAUGAAAAUAAAUUGCAGUGAUUAGAAAAUUCAGCUUGACCUGUAUUAAACUGAAACUGUACAAAAAAAAGAUUUGAUGUUUUAACUUUUGUUUUUCGUUUUUGUAAAUAUAUGCUCAAAUAUGCUAAUUUGAUGCAUGAAAUAUGUUCCAAAUUCUUGGGACAGGAGCAUGUGUACCACCAUGUUAUAUUAGCUUUCCUUUCAACAACACUAAUCAUUUGAGAAUUGAAGACAUUAUUUAAAGGCUUUCUAUAUACAAGUUUUCAACCGAGCAACUGUUAAAGGCCUUCGGUGUCAUAUUUCGCAUUUCACAAUGUGCCACACUUGCAAUGAAAAUAAGGUGUGGACUACAGUAAGAUGAUUUCGCAACCAAGCUUUUGUAACACGUGUAGAGUGUGGCUUGACACUGUCAUGUUGAAAUAAGAAUAUUCCGUAAAAGUAAUUAAGAAGGCCGCAAUUAUUGCUACAAAAUGUAUAUAUAUAUAUAUAUAUCUUUCAGGGUUAAUUGUGCCUUUACAGUUGUGCCAAUUUCCAAGGCCAUGGACACCAAUUCCCCCCAUAUCAUGACAGAUCCUGGCUUUUGUACUUUACACUGGCAACAAUCUGGACCCUUUUCUUCUUAAGCCCGGCAAACACAACAUUCAUUAUUUCCAUAAGCAGUCUGAAAGGUUAACUCUUCAGACCUCAGCACAUAUUUCCUCUGCACAUCAGUUCAUUUGCAAGUCUGCAGCUUUUCUGGAACAGUCUUAACUUGCAUUUGUAGAUGCUGCCAUGGUGGUGUUCAGUAACAACAGAUUAUCAAAGUGUCCCUGAGCUCAUUUAGUGAUAACCAAUACAGAAGCAUGACAGUUUUAACACAGUGCAGGGAGAGAUUAAAGGUCAGUUGUGGUUUUUGCCGUUUUUCACAUUCUCUGACUUUUUUGAUGAUAUGCAAAUUCUUACAGUUGCUCAUUGAUAAAACAGUGCUUUUAUACAUUAUUUAAUUGUUUUUUGGCAAGCUUUGAUGCUUCUUUUAUAAGUAAGCAUGAUUGUAGGUGGCCAGGGAUGACGGGAGGCCACCAGUGGUUAAGGAUGGGGAGUGGCAGGCCCAAGUGCAGAGAACUGUCUUUGUACCCACCUAGGCUAAAGUACUGUACGGGUUACCCCUCUAAAAGCUUUUGUCAAGGUCAGCAACCGGUCAGAACUAAUUAGCGCUAGGGCUUCUGGGAGUUUUUGGAGCUGCAUAUAACAAUUCUCCUAGCACAACACCCAGGCCCCCUACUGGCAGAUGGCACCAUGGCCUGACCCCUUACAUAAACUGCUUCUGUCCCAACUUUUUUGGAACAUCUUGCAAGCACAAAUUCCAGAAUGAGUGUAAAUUUACAAAAUACAACAAAGCUGAAAGGUGAACAUUAUACAUAUUGUCUUUCUACCGUUUGCAUUUAAACACAGGUGAAAACAGAUUUACAAAUCACUGCUUUUUGUGAUUUGCAAUUCCCCAUGUUUUUUGGAAUUGAAGUUCAUACAUGAUAAACUAUUGGAGGAUUGGCGAGUUUACCGGUAUUACUAUUGUUUUCUCUUUUUUUUAAUUAAGGAUUUAGAUAAAUAUAAUUUUAUUUAGAUUAUAAUACUGCAAAUUUAUUAGUGGUGGUACAUAAUAUACAGCUACAGUUAAAAAAACGUUACAUCCAUGCAAAGACAAUGUUUCUGGGUUACAAUGCAUAUUUAUGGCAGAUUUUAAUUUAUGUCCCUGUUUGGCUCUGUGUUAGUGAUUAUGCUCAAUCAACAACUAAUAGGUAUAUUACAAAUAAACCUUUUCAUAAAAGUUAAUUGAGGCAUUGUUCAAAAGCAAUAUGCACAAGAUGAAAGUGCAGUCUUACAGCAAAAAUAAUGCAACAAACUGCUGGUUAUCACAUACAUGGUAGUGCUGACCAUUCCAUCUCAAAUCCACUAUGGAGACGGGCUCAUUUGGUUCCUUGAGCAAGCAAAACAGCAGUUUUAACGCUUGUCCUGAUCAUCCACUGGAAGGUUGAACCCCAGUGCAGCAGAAGUUGUGUAUUAAUGACAUGGCCUGUGGUGUCCAAGAGAGCGGAUGCCGAACCCAUCAAUCCAGUUUGCAAAAAUGUGUAAGCCAAUACUUAAUAUCAUGAGCUGUUUGUGCUUUUGUAUGACAUCUGUUGAAUGUGAUAAGCCUGCUUUGACAACUUAGCGCAUGUUAUGUUCUCAUGAGUUGUAUGUCGCACUCUGACCGAAGCUGAUAAAAUAACUAAAUGUAAGUCAUGGAAUAAAAAAAUUAUCUGGACA